AUGGAGCUGAAGAAGGACAGCAACUCGGUGUCCAUCGACAUGCUGCUGAUCGUGCACUCGGAGAAGCGGCGCGCCGCACGGGGCACGCACUCGGACCUGCAGGCGGACCCGGGCGCGCUGCUGCAGCGCCGAGGAGGAUUCCAAGGUGUCGGAAAUGGAAUCCGGAAAUGGCAGAAAAUAGAAGCAAAUGAUCUUCAUGGACACCUGGCAGAGAAGCAACACCCUCAGCAGACCCAAGUCAUCACUGCCUAUGACAAUCAAGGGACACAGCUGACUGUGGAGGUCCACCCUCAAGAUGCUGUGCCCCAGCUGCUCAAGAAGUUCUCCUUGGCUAAACGUUUACAAGGCGAUAAAAAUGGAAACACAAGACCCCGGCAGCCUGGAGGGAAAGAUGCCCACGCCUACCCCUGGGACCGGUCCAGUCUGAAAUCCAUGCCCCUGGACCUGCGGCAGUUUGAGGACCUGGAUACCUAUGCCUCACAGGUGACAGUCAAGAGUGGCCUGGACGAGCUGGUCAGCGAUCUGGUUCAGGAGGCCCACAGUGACCUGGAGAGGGUCCGUGCCAUCUGGAUCUGGAUCUGCCACCACAUAGAGUAUGAUGUCAUAGCUGCCCAGGAGAAGGACCGCCAAGCCUUCAAGGUUACCGACAUCCUGCAGACCCAGAAGACCAACUGUGAUGGCUAUGCCGGGCUCUUUGAGAAAAUGUGCAGGAUCGCUGGAGUGCAGUGCAUGACGGUGCCUGGCUACUCCAAGGGCUUUGGCUACCAGAUAGGUCAGAGCUUCUCUGGGGAAUUCGACCAUGCCUGGAAUGCUGUGUACCUGGAGGGGAGAUGGCACCUGGUGGACAGCACCUGGGGCAGCGGCCUGGUGGACAAGACUACCUCCAAAUUCACCUUCCUCUACAAUGAAUUCUACUUCCUCACCCACCCUGCACUGUUCAUUGAGGACCAUUUCCCAGACAACAAGAACUGGCAACUGCUAAAACCUCCUCAGUCCCUGAGGCAGUUUGAGAACGGCAUGUAUCACAAGAGUGAAUUCUACAACAAGGGGAUGCUGAGUGCCCACCCGGAGACCUCCAUUAUCAGAACAGUGAACGGGAGGGCCACGGUCACCAUUGAGAGCUGCACCCCUACGCUCUUCAUGUUCAUGCUCAAUGGCAAGCAGGAGCACGGGCUGCUGAGCCUCAGGGAGAACGGGAUGAAGCUGGAAGUGUACCCCCCAACCAUGGGCACCCACAAUCUGCAAAUCUUUGCCAAAGGCAGCUCUGACAUCUACAGCUCGGUGCUGGAGUACACCCUCAAGUGCAACUUUGUGGACUUUGGGGCCCGACUGCCCGCUGACCUGCACCAGCCCGUGGGCCCCAGCUGGUUCUCGGAGCAGAUGGGCAUCCUGAAGCCCUCGCACCCUGACCCCAUCAUCCACACCAGUGACGGGCGCUGCUCCAUCAGCUUCGGUGUGGAUGAGGGCAUCAGCAUCCUGGCCUCCCUGCACGGGGACGAUGGCCUUAUCACCGAGGAGAUGCAGCGGCGCUACAUCUUCCAGCUGCACCGGGAGAAGCGGACAGAGCUGAAAGUCCAGCUGCCUCAUGCCGGGAAGUUUGCCCUCAAGAUCUUUGUCAAGAAGAGGCAGGAACCAGGCAACUACAUCUUUGUCUUCAAUUACCUCCUGUGCUGCACCAACACCAAGGUGAACUGGCCCAUGUUCCCAGAGAGCUUUGGCAACUGGGGGCAGGACAAUGAGCUGCUGGAGCCUCUGUCAGGCGUGCUUCCUGCCAACCGGAACAUCCCGUUCAAACUGAAGCUUCACGGUAUCGCCAAGGCCCUGGUGAAAGGGCAGGACACAUGGCCCCUGACCCUGAACCGCGAGGGCUACUGGGAGGGCAGCUGCAGCACAGCAGGCUGCCAAGAAGUCUAUGUCAUGGUGCUGGAGAACGCCAACCACAACUUCUAUUCCUACAUCCUCAAGUACAAAGUGAACGCCCAGUGAGGGGCUGCGCUCCCAACCCCCAGCCGCUGCCACACCCUCCCAGAGAGUCAAGGCCAGGCCUGCCCAGGGAGGGCCCCAGGGAAGUGAAAAGAGCCCUGGACACAUCUGAGUCUGCAUGAAAUCACUUCUAAGCCUCUGCCUCAG